UGUCUGAAGUGUUAGCCGCCGCCUCUCAACCUAAUCUCUUCCCCUUUUUUCUCUGUCUGGUCCUCUCUUUCUACUUUUUCUUGUUUUGCGGAGGUUUUAAGAGUUUGUUACUAAAGAUGUCUGAUCUAGACUAAGUAACAUGAAAACGUAUGCUAUUUUUUUGGGAUUUUGAAUAUCCUGGAAUACAUAUUUUUUUACGUUACUUAGUCCAGUAUCAGCUAUCUAUCAUCUUGCUUGUUAGCAAAGAAAGGGGGUAGAAUCGAAGUUUGCACACACCACCACCAAAACCCUAAAAAAAAAUCACUCAAUCCGCAGCGACAGAGCUAAAACCCUCACGGACCAAAAAAGUAGUCUCUUAGUUCUCUCGUUCAAUCCGGCAAAAAAAAACCAUGUCUGAUAUGUUCCCCGGCGAUUAUGCAACCGCAGAGACAGGAGUCUUUUGGGACAUAGAUCAGUGCGAGAUCCCUGCUGGUGAACUCAAUGCUAAUGAGGUUUUGGAGAAAAUAAGAUCGAAUCUUUCGAGUUUUGGUCAUCGUGGUCCGGUCUCAAUAAGGGCUUAUGGUGAUUUGACUGGUCAUCACUUUCCUUCUCAAGGCAUUAAGCUCAAUCACUUCCCCGCAGGACACAUGUACGAGAGACAGACAAAGAUACUUGAAGACAUUGUUUCCUGGUCAGCUGAACAUCCAGAACCGUGUACUUUAAUGCUAAUCGUGGGAGAAACCUCUCCUGACUUCGUCGAGGUUGUUCAACUUUUGAAAUCCAGGAAAAAUUACCACUUUAUCUUAAUUCACUCGACUGAUGAUGGGUUUGGAAGUGCUUAGACUUGAGAGUAAGUAAGUAAGAAACUAGGCUUUUUUUUUAAGGCAUGAUCACAUGACAUUUACCACUACUAGGUUGGAAAGGAA